UUAAAAUAAAAUAAAAAAAAAUUUUUUUUAAAAAUGUUUUUUUAAUGAAAAUUUUAAUACGACGUUCGUUCCAAAAAAUUUACAAUUUUUUAUUAAAAAACAGUGCCAAAUUGUUAUUUUAAAAUUAGUAGAUUGUUUUUCUUAGUUUUUUUGUUUUUUAAAGAAGGAAGUAAAGUGUCUUUUUAUAAGGACUUUCAAUUAAAAAUAGUUUUCAAAAAAAAAUUUUUUUUCCAAGAGAGAAAAGAAAAUUUUCUGAGAAAUCAAAUUUUUUUUUUGUAUUUACGAUAUAAUAAUUUGUUUAUAAUAAUGUCUGAUGGUGAGGAAGAAAUAUGUGGAACUGAUAAUUGGGUUAUCAAUUUGGAAUGGAUUCAAGAUUUUUUAAAAGAAGUACACGAAGAUGAACAAGAUUUUACUAUUAAAAAUUAUGAUGUAUCAAAUGGUAGUACGAAUGGUAUACGUAAUUUAAGUGAAGUUUUAGCAGUCAGUAUCGAUUAUGAGUAUAAAUCUGUAAUGAAACGUUUAGAUUUAUUUAUAAAAUUAUUGCCGCAUGAUCCAUUUAGCCGGUAUUUUGUAACUGAGGCGCAAUUCGAUUUAAGAGAAAUAAAAUUUUAUACUCAGAUAUUGCCAGAUUUAUUGGAUUUUCAAAAUAAAUAUUUAAAGCCAAAUGAAAAACCAUUAUCAAUUAAUGUGCCAAAAUGUUAUCAUACAACAUAUACAUUAGGAACAUUUAUUGAAUCAAUUCAUCAAAAUCCAAAUUUAAGUCCAGAACCACCCGAAAGUAUACUAGUUUUACAGGAUAUGAGAUCAUUAAAUUAUAAAUCAGCACAUUUUACAACUGGUUUAACAUAUGAUGAAGCAAAAUAUGCCAUAUCAUCAAUUGCAGUUGUUCAUGCUUUAUCAAUUGGUAUGAAAUUUAAGGAGAAAGUUAAUUUAAAUGAAAAAUAUCCGUUUCUUUUUCAAAUAAAAAAAGCGUCCGAUAGUUAUCAACAGUUGGUAGAACAAGGUUUACCUCAAUUAUCGAAAUUUUUACAUGAACGAGGUGGUAAAGAAGAUGUAUUGAAUGCAUUAAAUGAUAUUCAUUCUCAAACACGUGGAAUAAUUGAAGCAUUAUUACAACCUGUUGAACCAAUGGGUCUAAUAACACAUACAGAUUUUUGGUGUAAUAAUUUAUUGAUGCGAGAAAAAGCUAAUCCAUCUUCAGAUGAUAAUUGUGUUAUUUUAGAUUGGCAAAUGGUAACAUAUAGCAGGCCGACAAAUGAUAUUGCACUUCUUUUGGUGUCAUCAUUACCAUCAGAUAUUAGAAGAGAAAAUGUUGGUCAUCUUUUAGAUUAUUAUUUUGAUUGUUUAAAAACGAAUCUAUGUAAAAUUGAUGUUGAUUUGAUAUCAGAUCUUAAAUAUUCAAGAGAAAAACUUGGUGAAGAUUACAGACAAUCUCAAUUAUUAGCUUUAUUAUUAUGCAUUGGAUCUGUUGAUAUUGCAUUAGGAAAUCAAGAAGCCGAAAAUAGAUUUUUAGAUGUUUUGGAAGAUUUCUAUAAGGAAGGAGUUUUAGGAAAAAAUUUCAUUCAACAAUAUUAAAUUAUAAACAAAAUGACACUGUUUCAGUAAAAUGCAUUUAAAUGUCAGCUUUCUAUAGCUGAAAAAAAUAUGAUACAAAUUUGACAUAAAAGAAAUUAACAUUUUUAUUUAAAAUUACAAUACAAAGUAUACAAUAUAUCUUAUAUUAUAUAUAUAUAGAAAAAUUUUAAGAAAUUUCAGCUUGCAGUUUUGAAAAAAUAAACAAAAAAUAUUCAAAAUUUGAUUAUUACCCUGUAAAUGUUAAAAAAGAUAAAAAUUUACAGAAAACACUAAUCAAACAAUUUGACAUAAAUAAAUUUUCAAAAUAUUACAAAAUAAAAGUUGAUAAAAAAAAACAGGUUUACAAAAAUAAAAUUGAAUUCUCAACUAAACUAAUCAUGACAAAAUUUAUAUAAAAAAAAAGAAAUAAUUAUUUAUUAAAACGUUAAAGCAAUAAAAUUUUUUUUGAACUUCCAAGUUUCAAACCAGUAAAAAAAAUCGUGUACAAAAUCCUAUAGAAUUUUCGACCGAUGCAGUAGCCAUAAAAAAUCCAAGACAAAAUAAAGCCGUCAUUUUGUUUAUAUUUUGUAAUUAUUUUGUAUGAAUAAAGAAAAAAAUUGGAAUUUCCUACAGUUGUAUCCCAUCUAAAUUAGCAAGGUUUAAGAACUUUAGUAAUUGUUUUUUUCCACUUAAUAUUAUUGCAUUAACAAUAUUAUUUUAAAAAUUCUCUUUCAAUAUUUUUGGAAAAAAUACACAACUAAUUAAUUUUUUUAGCCGGCAUAAAACCUAAAAACGAAAGCAUACUAAUGUAAUUAUAUUUUUAUAAUUUAAAUUAAAAUUCAAGAUAUCUGUAAAACGUUUUGAUACAUACAUACAUACUUACACAUUAUUUAGAUAACAUAAAUACAUAAUUUAAGCUCUAAUUUGAUGUUUUUUUUAAUUAUUUUUUA